UAUAACUCCAAAUUCAAAAUCUCCUUUGACAAACCAUGAAAUCAUCUUCAAUUACAUUUGCCUCUCUUAUGCUUCUCAUCCUUAUUACCUCAAAUUCAGAGGCUGCAAUUACAUGCAGUGAUGUGAUUAAAGACUUGAAACCUUGUUUGAGUUAUUUGGUUAGUGGAAGUGGACAACCACCAAGUGCAUGUUGCUCUGGAGCUAAAGCUCUUGCCUCUGUUGUAUCAACAUCAGAGGAUAAAAAAGCUACUUGCAACUGCAUCAAAUCCACUGCUAAGAGUGUUAAAAUUAACUCACAAUUGGCUAAGGCUCUUCCAGGAAAUUGUGGAAUUAAUACCCCUAUUAGUGUCUCUCCAGAUGCUGAUUGUUCCAAGAUUGGUUAAUUGAGACUUGGAAGUGGGAGUUGGAGGAUCAUGCUGAACAUUUUUCUGCUGCUAUAUAUAUAUAUGAGAAUAUAAUAAUUUUUAUAAUAAAUAGGAAUCUACUUAUGUUGUCUUUUUUAUUCAACUUCAUUGUUGAGCCACUUACGGCACCGUUUAAAUUUCGAAAUGUUUGUUCUAUUGCUAUAAUAUUAUUUAUAAUAAAGAAAAAUGUUAUUUUCCUGUUUUAUUGAGAGUCCCUACAAUGAACCACGUACUCUAAAGUUCAACA